AUGUAUUCUACGGCAGACCCACCUUAUAUCUCAGAAACCAAGAACACGGGUGUGCCAGUGGGUCAGAAGGGCAUUCUUCAGUGUGAGGCCUCUGCAGUUCCAUCAGCAGAAUUCCAGUGGUAUAAAGAUGACAAACGGCUCCUUGAAGGACAGAAAGGGCUGAAAGUGGAAAACAAGGCCUUCUUCUCCCGUCUUACUUUCUUCAAUGUCUCUGAGCAAGACUAUGGAAACUAUACUUGUGUUGCCUACAACCAACUAGGAAACACUAAUGCUAGCAUUAUUCUCUACGAAAUAAGUGAGCCCACAAGCUCAACCUUGUUCCAAGGUCAGUAUUGUCUUGCUGUAUGUCACAUCUGCUCUGCCUCCCUUUAUUGCAACUCCCCUCCCCCACCUUUGAUUCACGUUGCCUGUUCCCCUGUUCGAUUUGCAUGGAGGACUGUACCACUUCCUGCUGGUGGGGGGUGGGGUUUGUCCAGAGAAGGUACCAUCUGAGGUUGGUCUCCUUUUCGUCCAUCGUGUUAUGUCUGAUCAGCAGUUGAAAGCUCCAAUAUCCAACUUGAGAUCUCCUUUUGGAGAAAUAUCCCUUUCAAGGAUCAAAAGUCUUCAAGAUUCUGACCACUUCCUUUUUCUCUUCCCCACCCACAAAAUAAAAAUAAUUUUGGGAACUGCCCCACUGAUCAACUCCCUUGAUCAGAUGGGUUAAAGCUAAAAAAAAAGUCAUUGAAUUAAUUACCACUCUCAAUUAAUCAAUGGAACUGCUUGCCUCUCAAUGUUCCAUCAUUGGAAGUUUUCAAGAAAACACUGGACAACAUUUGUCCAGGUUGAUAUAAGAAUGCCUGCCUUACACAUGGAGUUGGACCAGUGGUGAAAUUCAAUUUUUUUUAUUACUGGUUCUGUGGGCGU